AUGGAGCCAAGGAUAAGGCGCUUGGAGGCGCUGGUGGGAGUCCCUAAUGAUGGAGAGGAGGCCUCCAUAUUUUCACAGAUCAGCGACCUGAAUACAGAAUGGUUGUCCACGCGGAAUUCCAUUGCUGUUGUUUCAGAGUUUGUUGGUCAGAAGGCUCUAGUGACUGAAGAGGACCUAGAGGCCCGACUUGAAGAAUUGGUGACGGAUGAGGAACUAGAUUCCAGAGUGGAACAACUAGUAACUCAAGAAGACCUAGAUUCGAGAUUGAAACAUUUCGAGAAUGAAAUAAAACUCUUGAAGAGAGUGGUUGAUGCUUCAAAAUCGGCUGGCCAGGGAGCACUAGUCACCGAAGGUGAUUUCUUGUCCAGAUUGGAGUACUUCGACAUGGAAAUCAGGCUCUUGAAGAAAGCUGUUGGCAGCAGUCAUGCCACAGCCCCUGUUUCUGCAUCUAGAUUUAAAGUACCGGAACCUAAACUCUUUGGUGGUGUGAGAAGCGCCAAAGAGUUGGAGAAUUUUCUAUGGGACAUGGAAACUUACUUCGCAGCAGCGAAGAUCCCGGAAGAGGAGAGAGUUUCCAUCACAAGCAUGUACCUUGAGGGGGAUGCAAAGUUGUGGUGGAGAGCUCGCUUAUCAGACGAUACGAGUGCAAAUCGUGCUAAGAUUGACUCGUGGGAAAGCAUAAAGGGUGAGCUGAAGGAACAGUUUCUGCCUCGAAACUCAUCUUGGAGGGCGAGAGAGGCACUUCGAAACUUGAAACAUGCUGCCUCGACCAGGGAUUAUGUUAGGGAUUUUACUUCUCUAAUGCUGGAUGUGAAAGACAUGUCUGAAGAGGAUAAGUUGUUUAAUUUCUUAUCUGGUUUGCAACCGUGGGCGCAAACCGAGCUAAGAAGACAGGAUGUGAAGAACUUGCCUUCGGUUGUUGCUGCAGCUGAUCGCCUAGUGGACUUUAAAGCAAUCGGGGGUGCGAAUCCUGAUGCUAAGAAGCACACGCAAAGGGAUAAGGGAAAGGCCAAAUCUUCUGAAAAAGAGGCAGCCAAGUCUGAGGGAUCCUACAGCAAGAAAGAGACAAAAGGAAGUUUUGUUUUCAAGGACCGUGCCAACCAGGGGUGCUUUAUUUGUGAAGGCGACCACCGCAUGAAGGACUGUCCAAAGCGUGCAAGAGUAGCAGCACUCUUGGCCGAGGAAGAUGAGGAACCUAGUGAAGAAGUUCCAGCAAGGGUAAAUCCGAUACAGCUAUUGAGUGCCUUGCAUGCGGAGAAAUCAGUUCCAGGGUUGGGAUUGAUGUUUGUGAAAGUCUAUAUCAAUGGAAGAGAGGUGAUGGCGCUGGUUGAUUCAGGGGCCACACAUAACUUUGUUGCAGACCAAGAAAUUCAGAAGCUGGGAUUGGUGAUGUCCCCACACAAGGGCCGACUGAAGGCCGUGAAUUCUGAAGCCACGCCAAAUAAAGGCAUGGCCAAAGCUGAUCUCCAGGUGGGAAGUUGGCAGGGGCAGGUCGAGUUUAUGGUUGUCCCUUUAGAUGAUUAUGGAAGUCAUUUUAGGACUUGA